ACCAUAGUUCAACAAUUAAUGCCUUCAGUCGACCCCAGGCCGUCGUCGUGGUUGCGCGGUUUUUUUCCUGUGUUGUGCGAGCGUUUACUUCGAGCGUUUUUUCGAAGGUAGCUGAGGACACGAUCGUCGCGCUCCUCUCUUCUUUGUGGCGUUGCUUCUUCAGAGACACCUUGCGCGAUUCGAAUCUUCGGGGUUUUCGGGGGUGUACGGAACCUGAGCACGCAGCAAACAAAACAAAGUGAGCGCUCGGGAUAAACAUCUAUCUCCCGGAGCAGUGUGACGGUAUCCUUUGGGUUGCGGGAGCUCCGAUUGCGCGCGCGAGGAAGAUUCGACGAGUGUGUAUUUGUGUCCAGGAAGGGGUAUUUGAGUGGGCACGAUUGCCAGGCGAUCCGUUUCGCCUUUAAUCAUGCUAAGUGUUAAUCCAUUAAAAUCGUGAAUAGACGCCGCAGCGCAGAGUGUCAUCAAACACUGGAUUGAAUAGAUUCGUGGGUUGACGUGUGGAAGUUGGUGAAGUUGGUCAAGCCCGCCGUACAGCAGUGGUGCAAACACCGAGAUAUGGCGCUUAUGCAAAGUGCGUACCGAGCCGUUCGCCAGCAAGCUGAAACGAUUUAAACGGCCGACGAGCUGGAUGCUGGAUGCAAGCGAGUUCACGGUGAAGAGCAUCCAGCGGGCUCGCUCCAGCAGCAGUUCCGUUGUGCAAGCUGAGACGAAGCCGUCCGGAAAACAAAGAAUUGAUUAGCGACUAAGUGAAGUGGUACUCGGCAAAAGCUAGAGGAAGAAGAAGUGGACCAAGAAUCCACAACAACCAGAAAAAGUGCAGUGUAGAACAAGAAGACUAACAAAAAACCCCAAGUCAACAUGAUGGAUGCAUCGGCGGUGGAGGCUCGCGGCUGGUACGACAACCAGCGGCUAGCCGCCGAGAGUUCGCUGGGGCCGUCGGCAGCUGCAGCGGCGGCUGCGGCCGCUUCGCUCGGUCAGCAAUCGGCGGCGGCGGCCGGAGUUGGCGACGCGUCCGACAUGAACGCGUUCUAUCGGUUCGAGAACGGAGCGGCGGCCGCAGCCCACCGACGGUACUACCCGACCGGAUACGGAACGCACGCCUCCCGGAUGUCCCCGCAUAUGACGCCCCAGGUGUGCCGGCCGCACUUUCCCAGCCCGCUGUCCUGGUUCAACGAGUCGACGAAACCGUUCGCCGCGAGCGGCAGCUGGAGCAGUCCCUUCAGCUGUCCCCAAGACCCCCAGGAAAGCAAACAGAAUCAGCAGAUGCAGGCCAGCAGUCAGGCCGCGGCCGUCGGCCAGCAUCUGUUCUCGUUCCCGCCAACGCCCCCCAAGGACUCGACGCCGGACUCGGUGCAGACGACCCCGAGCGAGUACCAAACCACCCUGAACAACUUCAUGCACCUGUCCUCGAGCCAAGCGACCUCCGCCGGCAGUCAGCAGACGCACGGUGCGUCCGGCUCCAGCAACAACAACAACAACAACUCCAGCCUCUCGUCCGAGCAGUGCGGCAUCGACGUCAAGCCCUGCCUCACCGGAAGCGGCGGCGGCUCCAUGAACGACCGGAGCGUCGUCGGACAGGACGUCGAGCAGAACCAGCCAAAGCAUCGGGAAGGUACGGGCAGUAGCAAUAACGUCAACAACAGCAGUUCCGCGUCCAGUGCCAACAGUCAUGGGGCCUACCAGAACUCCGCGGCGGCGGCCGCCAACUCGUUCAACAUGUUUGACGGAACGGGUCACGGCGGCAGCGGGUACGACCACACCGGCUACGGGUUCCACCAGACCACCGGACAUGGGAUCGGUGGCGGUGGGGGUGGUACCUCCGGUGGGGGAUCGUACCAGCAGAGUUCGAGGCCGCCCGGCGGUGGCGGUGGCCUCAUGAACAGCUCCCACAUGAAGGCCCAGCGGGCCAAAGCGAAAUCCAGUGCCGAGGGCCGCGAGUGCGUCAACUGCGGUGCGACGUCGACGCCGCUGUGGCGGCGGGACGCCACCGGCCACUACCUGUGCAAUGCCUGCGGGCUGUACUACAAGAUGAACGGCCAGAACCGGCCGCUGAUCAAGCCCAAGCGGAAACCAGUUACCUCCCAGCAGAGUGCGGCCCGGCGGGCGGGAACCUCGUGUGCAAACUGCAAAACCACGACCACCUCGCUGUGGAGGAGGAACCAGAGCGGCGAACCGGUCUGUAACGCCUGCGGACUGUACUACAAGUUGCAUAACGUGGACCGACCGCUGACGAUGAAGAAGGAGGGCAUCCAGACGCGGAACCGCAAGCUGACGGCCAAAUCGAAGAAGCGAAAAUCCACGCCCGGGUACAGCUUCUCCUUCGGCGAUCUCAUGAACCCGCUGGACCACAACAAGUCCUUCCCGGGGGCGUUCCCGACGACGAUGGGUCAACACGCGCACCUGUCCGGUGGGUUGCACCCGGCCCACUCGCACAUGCACAGCGGUUGGUACACGACCGGACUCGGAUCGCUGGGAUCUGGGAGCAGCCUGCAGAACGGAUUUAGCAGUGGGGCACCGCUGGGAACCGGCGCGGUAGCGCACCCCCAGUCCUACCAUCUGGGGUUGAAUUCGAUGAGCUGGCGCUCGGAAUACACGUGACUAAUGGGCCAGUAAAUCCGGACUCCAAACACACACCCAAACCGUACCCGUACAGUUUAAGCACCUUUUGGUAGCAGCAAAAAAAAUCAACAAAAAAAAGUGGCACGUGCACCUCCGGCUGACUGACUAAGCCGCAUGUGUGCAAACUAGAAGGAAAAAAACAAACGGGUUCUAAGCAGCAGCAGCACCAGCAGCAGCAGCCCGCCCGAAAAGCCGCCGCAAUAAGUUGAUAUUAGUACAAUUUUAGAUUUAGUCGCCACAGCAGUCGCCGCGCACCGAUUAUUAUCUUUCAAAAAGAGACAAUUACAUUGAUUUAUGUCAUCGUUGGUUUUUCCACCCGGCCUUUUUUUCCCGCCACCCACAAAUCAGGCUCGAACCAUGGGCUCAAACCAUGGCUCAAAAUCGCACCGCCCGGCCAACCAAUAAAGCCCCGAGCAUUUCACGGUAAUUGAUUUCCGGCACACUAACGAGUGCGUUUUCGAAAAAUACAGAAUAAAAAAACUGUUGGUUUUGCAAACAUCUGUCUGAAAAAGGUACACUCAGUUGAUUGGGAAUGGUUGAAAUUUCAAAAUGCUUAAAAUAUAAACUUUAUUCUCUUGAAAAGAAAUUAUAAAAUGAUGGUAGGUCAAGAUUGAUUCAGCAAAUUUUGAUCCCGGAAAAAAAUUCAAGCCAUUAAAGCAAUUUCUGGAUUAAUCCAAAAUGGCAAAUCAAAUUUAGUUUUGAAACAAAUUAAGCUUAAAAAUGAUCUAAAAUAUUACUAGAAUAAUUGGUAGAAUAAUUCUGCUCAAAAGCUUGACAUGAAGACUUUCGGAUAUUUUUGUUUUGAUAGUCAUAAAAAAUGUUGUAUUUUUUUUUUUUUUUUUCAACAUCUUUUGCAUAUUUUUCUUAAACAAGUCAAGUCACCAAACUAAUGAUUUUAUUUUCCCAUAGACAAUUGAAAUUUGGUUCAAAACUGGGUUAUUUACAAUUUGAUUUAUCGGUUGAAUGAUAAUUUAUAAGAAUAAUAUUCAUUUUAUUAUUCAUUAUAAUUCUUAAUAUUUCUCUUUUUUGAGCUGAUCUAGUUUCCACACAAAAAAUCAAUUUAACUGCUUAGACUAAAAACAUCAAAAUUAUGUUUUAAAGUCAUUCAUCAACUAAAAUUUUGAAUUUUAAAAAAAAUCAAAGAUUUUUUUGAACCCAAUGAAAAAAAUCUUGAAAAUCAUUUUAAAAAGCCACAUUUUAUUUUCUAAAAACUCGUCAUGAUUUGUUUAAAAAAGAAUAAGAAUACAUGUAAAGUUGUUGAAAAACUAGAUGCAAAAAAAAUAAAAAUUUGACCUAAACACGGAAAACCAACUACUAAAGUUAAAACUCGGAAAAAGGACUUCAAUUUAGCGGUCAAUUCGAAUGAUCAAAAACUCACCACAGCCUUAAACCUUAAAUUCACCACAGCUCGUGUUUGACAGUUGCUUAAAACUGUUUAAACGUACACUAUUAUACAGUUUGUGCGCGUUCGCAACGAGAUGGUUUUAGUGAGCAUUGAUUUUUUUUUUUCAAAAAUGUUCAAUGAUUCAUCUCUGUUUGUCUGUGCUUGGACCAUCGUUUUUUUUUUUUUUAACUGAGAUCAAUGAAGAAGCUUCAUAAGAAUUUGAAGCUUUUUAAUGUUAAAGUAUUUUUAAAUUACGAAAUUAUUCUAAAUGAUCAAUAAUUUUCCACUAAACUGAGUGUAGCCACAGUUGCGAAAAUGAUAUACUAGGUUUCAGUUUCAGUUUAGAUAUCAGUCAGUUUUUGACGCCGGAAAUGAGCUCUGCGCGUGCUAGUUGGUGGGUGCGAGGGAAGAAGUAACUGAUGUCGGAACACCACCCACAAAUCAUGAGACGCCUCGCUAGGCGCCUCUGAGCACCGUUUAUCUGUUCGUUAGCGGCAAAAAUUUCAGAACCCAUAACUCUCUCGUUAGAGCAAGCAAAGGCACACAGAUUUUCCACCAACAGUCAAAACAGGAGAAGUGCGCGGAAGAGUUAUGGGCACUUCUGUGCACUAUCAUCAUUCAGCUCGAAACCCACCCAGUCACAAAAUCCACCCGAAAAAAAUAUUAGAAAAAAAACGAAAAAAAAUCUUCACCACCCCAAAACAAGCAGGUUGGGAUUGGGUCUAAAAAGUGCAAAGAUUUUAGGUAGUUUAAUCAUAUUUGAUUGUUUUUCUAUUUUGUUCUAAGUGAGGCAAAUUAUAUUUUUAUUAUAUCGCUAUUAAUAAUAUUAUUAUUAUUAUUAUUUUGUCACAUACAAACAAACACAAACAAAACACCCCCUUCCCUGUUGGUAGCUCAAAAUUAAGUUUAGCUAGCACAAAUUAAGAACAGCAGCAGGUUUUAAGUUAAUGUGUAUAGUCAGAGACUGUUGCGUGUGCGGAUCGACGCCGCCCGUGAGGCAUAAACCCGUAUAAAUGGAAAUGUGUAUAGGCUUAAGGCUCAAAAAAGGAAGAAACAGUAUAUAUGUAUGAAAAUAACUUAUAAUAAAAUAUUUGUACAAAGUGUAUAUUUAAAUGGAUGGACAAAUAGCUACAUAAUACGUGUACAUAGCGCAAAAAUAUAUGUAGAAAAAAUAAAAAUAGUUCAGCUCAAUAUAAAAGAAAAAAACAAUUAAAAACUAAAAAAAGUAUCGGAUUUUUAAACACAAACAAACACACACACAGAAAAAAACAACAACAACAAGUAAAAAUUUCUUAGUAAUCAUUUUAUGGGAAUAUAACUUCUUCUGUAUUGGAAUGUGAACCCACUGCCAUAAAAUUUUAUUUAAAUAAUUGUUGUGAUCUAUUGUGAUAAGGAGGCAUACAAAUAAAACAAGAAAAUCAAUCAA